UUUAAUUGUGUGAUUUCGUUUUCACGUGUUUUACGGAUUUCGGCAUGCUAUACCAAAUGUUUUUAUUUUUAGAUAUGCUAUGUGAUGUUGAAUUAUAAAAAAUGCACCGAAUAAUAUCGGCUCGGAAUUUAUACCAUAGCAAUUUUCACGGUUUAAAUUCACAAUCAAAUGUUGUUUUGAAAAACGCUUCAGUUACGGAAGUAAAAUGUUCAUUUUGUCGAAAAAUUCUUCAAACGAGUUAUCUAACAGAAAACCUAUUUUCUACGAGGCAUCAAUCGACAAAAACAGCCAGUCUUCUAAGGUCUCAAAAGAAAAAAGUGAAGCAUAAAGGUUAUAAAAAAUAUGGAGAGCUGCUAGAAGUAAACCAUGGGAGUAUGAUGGAAUCCAAGGUGUCAAUAAGCAAACUGCAUGCCUCCCAUCUGUCAAAAUUAGCAUCUAGUCCAGUAUCUCUAGGACAGCUACAUCAACUCACAAAACCAAUAAAAAAGGUCAACAACAUUGAAAUAGAUCCUGAACUCCUUGAAAGUGUUAAAAAGAAGAUUUUAAAGAAAAACUCAUCUGAAGUAAAACUGGAAGACGACAAAUGUGCUCUCAUAUUUACCAGUCACCAAAUUUCUUCUGUUGAAAAUAGAUUUAAAACUAAACAAUAUAUAGAUAUGGUGAAACAGAGUUAUUACGAUUUUAGGAAGGCCACUUUAUAUGAUCAAAGAUUGAAGGACCUUAGAUAUGCUAUUAAUGAAGGUUUAACUCAAGAGCUUAAUUUAGAUAUGCCGUUUAGUGCCUCUGAAAAAAACCCGAUGCCAAAGAGUCCACAUGCAGUAUUUCGUGAAUUUUUCAUAGACAAUAGCAAUUUGGAUGAUUAUGACCAGGAAUUAAUGACUCAUUUAUCAAGUUUACAGAUUCAAGGAUUGUCACAACCAGUCCUUGAAGAUAUUUGUGAUGACCCUUCCUUGAAUAGUGAUAUUAAUGAAAACAAAGAUGAUCAUAUUGAAUUGGAUAAUAAACUUAAAUACAACCUGAAAAAAGCGAAAAAGGCAGUCAAAGCCAAACGGAAGAAAAUGCGCGAAAAGCGUCGAGCAGCGCAAGAGGUGAACAUGAAGGAAGACAAACAGGAGAUGGAGAGGCGCGGCAAAGAGGAGGCGUUGCAGAGGACUCUAGCUGCACACAUACAGUUGCUCUGCUCUCUUAAUAUGGUGGCUGAGGGAGAUCGUGUCUUGAAAUACUAUAGACAAAGAAAUUUGAAGAAUAAUGCUCAUCCAUCAGUCAAAAAUGUUAAAAUAUACAACACAAUGUUACAUGGAUAUGCUUCUGUGGGACAGUUAGAAAACGCAAAAGAAUUAUUGUCAUACAUGUUCAGUGACGGCAUAAACGUGAAUGCGCAAACAUUCGCGGCAAUAUUCGAGUGCGUGGAACGGAGCCAAAUGGUGGACAAAAUUACAGUAUUAAACUAUUAUCGGAAAUUAAUGGAAGAAAAGGGUAUACAAUUAAACGAUCUACUAGAUAAGUCAAAGUUCCUAUUUGACCAACGUGAAACAGUGCUAAAUGCUAUUCGUAGAAUUGAACCAUAUUUCGAACCAAUGUAUACUCCUCCAGAACUAGACUAUAAUUGUCCUCUAAUGGAAAAAUUGAAGAUAAAUAAUGUGGAUAAUAGAAAAGGAUUACAUAACUCUCCCGUGAACGGACUGCUAUCUUUUGAUCAAUUAAAAGCGAAGGGAAUGGAACAAAUCAAAAUGGAAAUGGAUGGGGAAAUUGAGGUCCAGAAUAUUUCGAUUAAAGAUGACGAACCAACGACUGUCAGAGUUUAUCGUGAAUUGCUGAGUGAAGCUGAAAACGAAUGGCGUGGUGUGAUAAAAGAGGCGUUUAUUCGGAACCUCAGCACGCUCAAGUCGAGAAGCAACGCGUCCCACUCCGCUAUCACAUUAUAUCCGUACUUGAAAGUUUUAGAGGUGGACGAAUUUGUGGAAAUAGUGAUGAAUGAAAUCACAAAACUGGUUGACGGAAGUGAGACGUACAGUCCUACACUCAAGUUGCUACAGAGGGAUUUGGGAGUACAGGUGUAUAAUAAGUAUCAAAUAGAGCAAUUCAAGAAGAACGGGGUGCUCCAAAAGAUUGAGAAUGUGUAUGAGAAAUAUUGUAAAUGGUACUUGGAGAGACAUCCUUUAGACGACACCGGCAGGCCAUACAAUUCCAGACAAGCAUGGCAAUUACUUGUACAUCAAAAUAGGGAAGGAGCUAGCUUAGAUAUAGAAGAAACCCCAUGGUCUACGGAGAUUCGACAAAACAUUGGAAAGUUCCUGUACAAUAUAAUUAUUAACGACGUCAAGAUUGAUGUCAAUUUGUUCAAACCCAAGUCCAAAGUUAAAAAGCUGCCGGCCGUAUACAAAGUGCACCGUCCGUGGGGCCGGCUCGUGCGGCUGGAGCUGAAGCCGCACCCCGUGCUGAGCCGGCUGUGCGCUGCGGCCGCUCGGCCCGCGCUGCGCCUGCGCGCCGCGCUCGCGCCCACCGUGUCGCCGCCCGCGCCCUGGCUCGCCCCCACCGCGCCCGCUGCCUACCUGCUUACCGCCACGCCUCUCGUGAGGAUGCCAGUAUACGUGAUGAGUCAAAUGAAGAGGCUUGAAGAAGCGCCGCAAGCGGAUCUCUACCCAGUGCUCGACAGUUUGAACCAGCUCGGAGAAGUGCCGUGGGUCAUCAACCAAUCAAUAUUGGACUUACAGCUGAAGGUCUUUAAAUCAGGUGGCGACAAAAAGCUGGACAUUCCACCCCCAGCAUCCUCCCUCCAACUGUCCGACAUUCCCGGCGAGAACGAAGGCUCUAGCGCAUACAAGCGUCGGCUCGCGUACAGCCGCGCGCGGGCUGAUAUGCACUCGCUGUGGUGUGACUCGCUGUAUAAACUGUCGCUGGCUAAUCAUUAUAGGGAGCGUAUGUUCUGGCUGCCCCACAACAUGGACUUCCGUGGGCGCGUGUACGCAGUGGGACCGCACGUGUCUGCGCUCGGCGCUGACGCAGCGCGUGCGUUGUUGCGGUUAGCGCGCACACGGCCGUUGGGGCCCAAGGGACUGAUGUGGUUGAAGCUGCACGCUAUUAACUUGACUGGCACGAAGAAACGCAACACUGUGGAAGAGAGGUUAGAGUAUGCAGACAGCAUAAUGGACAAAAUUCUAGACUCAGCAGAUCGACCACUCGAUGGAAUGGGCUGGUGGAAGGAAUCCGAGGAGCCGUGGCAAACUCUCGCCUGUUGUAUAGAAAUUGCAAACGCGGUACGAUCUCCUAACCAUGAAGAGUACGAGUGCGGUUUCCCGGUACACCAGGACGGCUCGUGCAACGGUCUCCAACAUUACGCAGCACUGGGUGGUGACGCGGUCGGUGCCGCUGCUGUGAACUUGGCGCCGUUGCCGAGGCCGCAGGAUGUUUACAGCGAGGUUGCCGCACUGGUUGAAACAAUGCGUGUAAGAGACGCGGAGGCAGGAGUAAAACAAGCCAUUAUCCUGGAGAACUUUGUGCGAAGGAAGGUCAUCAAGCAAACGGUUAUGACGACGGUGUACGGCGUCACCAAGUUUGGUGCGAGGUUACAGAUCGCUAAGCAAUUGAAAGACAUAGAAGAUUUCCCCAAAGAGCACGUGUGGACGUGCUCGCAGUACCUCACGACGAAAACGUUUGACAGCUUGCGGGAAAUGUUCACAUCGACUAAACUCAUACAGGAUUGGUUCACGGACUGUGCCAAGCUAAUAUCAGGCGUGUGCGGUGAGAGCGUGCAGUGGGUGACGCCGCUGGGGCUGCCAGUACUGCAGCCGUACUUCCGUCGCGCAGCACCUUCACACGCGGCGCCGCUUGAUCUGAUGCAACGACCGUGCACAAUGAAACAGCGCAACGCGUUCCCGCCCAACUUCAUCCACUCGCUGGACUCCUCGCACAUGAUGCUAACAGGCCUGCACUGUGAGGCCGAAGGGAUCACCUUCGUGUCGGUACACGACUGCUUCUGGACACACCCCGACACGGUGGACAAGAUGAAUGAGAUAUGCCGUGAACAAUUUGUGGCUCUACAUUCGCAACCGAUAUUGGAAAAUCUAUCAGAUUAUAUGGUGAAGACUUAUAGUUACGCAGAGGAGGAAUUAGAGGAUGGCUCUGUUGGUGCUUCGAAUAAGAAACGUGUGAAUUCACUGCUAAGGAAGGUUCCAGAAAAGGGAGAUUUCGACAUUAGAAGUGUACUGAAGUCUGUUUAUUUCUUCAGUUAGUUGCUGCUGUCGCUUAGGCUUUGUCGAAAUAAGAUUGAAGAUUGUGUGUUUUAAGGCAAUAGAUUAAUUACUUUUCAUUUGUAUUUCAUUAUUUGUGUUUUGUUAUUUGCAGUUAAUAGAUUUAAAUAUAAAAAAUGAGAGUUCAAAAUAAUAAUACUGUUUUGUUGUCUUUUUUUCUACUAGGAUUUUAUUAAAAUGUUAUUACAAUAUGAUCUUUCUUUGUUAAAUCACCCUAUCAGACUUGCAUCUAUGCAGUGAAUAAGCAAAUAUCAUCUUCAUAUAAAAAUAAGACACACAAUCUUAUUCGAAUAGACUGAUGUACAUAGUUUUUAACAAAGUAUAUACAAAUUAGUCACAAAUCACAAAAUAAUCGAUUACUGUGACCAUUUUGCUUACUGGAUGAGUCCAGAUCUUAUUCUUAAAUAUUAAUGGAUUAAGUCGAUUAACCAAGCAUACUUGUAUUUCACAGGAAAAAAAUGUUAAAAUGUCAAAUAAUGUGUUUGUACCUCAAGCAACGCCGUAGUAUUAACGUAGUGCAAAUAGUUAAUAAUCUGUGAUUGGUUAGUAUAACAAUAAACUAAGGCAAUUUA